CUGUAAAGAUCCUGAGGUCCCCACAGCGUCUCCAGACGAGAUCAUCAUCCUGCCGAUGGACUCGUCUGAGAGCAGCGAGCUCGGCGCCCCCGGCAACAUGCUGAAGACGCUGGACCCCAUCCUCAUCACCAUCAUCGCCAUGUCGGCGCUGGGCGUGUGCGUGGGCGCCGUCUGCGGCGUGGUGCUGUACUGCGCCUGCGCUCAGGGCGGCCUCAGCGACAGGAACCUCUCCGCCCUCGAGAACUACAACUUCGAACUGGUGGACGGCGUCAAGCUCAAGAAGGACAAACUCGCCGCACAGAGCAACUACAGCGAGGCGUGAGGGCGGGGGGCGGGGCCGCGGCCUCCGGGACCAAUCGGGGAGACGAGGGCGGAACCGCGGGCUCUAAGGACCAAUCGGAGGAAAGAGGGAGGGGCCGCGGGCUCAAGGACCAAUCAGAGGGAGGAGAGAGUCUGCGGCUCCGUGGGCCAAUCAGAGAGCAGGACAGAGCGAGGUGCGGUGCCGCGUUAAGGACAGCAGGGGGCGCUUUCUCUUCUCAGGAGCGGCACCGCAGGAGCUGCAGGGGGCGCUGUUCACAACAACACUCAAACUGUACGGGCCGAAAGGACGACCUCAGUGUACGCGCCGGGGGGACGGACGCUGCGCUGGGAUUGGUCAAAAAAGAGGCCACCGGCAUUUUGAAAGUUCGCUCCGGCGUUCCGGAGGUUCGCUCCGGCGUUCCGGAGGUUCGCUCCGGCGUUCCGGAGGUUCGCUCCGGCGUUGGUUUUGUGGGACGUGACGUGUCCCUCUCACCGAUUGUUUCACUGUUUUGUUCGAUGCUAAGAUUGUAAGGGCCGGAGGGACGAGCUGCUGCAGGACUAAACCAGGACUAAACCAGGACUAAACUAGUACUCAAGACUAAACCAGGGCUAAACCAGGACUACACCAGGACUGUCCCACCUGUCCCCGCCCCCUGCGUCCCUUAGCCCCGCCCCCCUCGGCCCUCGUCCCUCCGGCCUGUACUAGCUCGGUGUCUGUGUUUGUCUCUCGCUGCUGUUCACGACGACACACUUUCAGUUUAAAACACUUCGAUAAAGUUUGUGUUUUAUUUUGAAACGAAGGAACCUGAUUCUGUGUGUGUGUGUGUGUGUGUGUGUGUGUGUGUGUGUGUGUGUGUGUGUGUGUGUGUGUGUGUGUCUGUGUGUGUGUGUGUGUGUGUGUGUGUGUGUGUGUCUGUGUGUGUGUGUGUGUGUGUGUGUGUGUGUCUGUGUGUGUGUGUGUGUGUGUGUGUGUGUGUGUGUGUGUGUGUGUGUGUGUGUGUGUGUGUGUGUGUGUGUGUGUGUGUGUGUGUGUGUGUGUGUGUGUGUGUGUCUGUGUGUGUGUGUGUGUGUGUGUGUGUGUGUGUGUGUGUGUGUGUGUGUGUGUAUCGAAACAAGAUCCUCGUUUUUCGCAAAUAUCGAUACUAAAAAUGUGUUGGACCUGGUUUAGUCCUGGUUUAGACCUGGUCCCAGUCUCAGUCCUGGUCUGCUCCCGGUCUAGUCUGGUCCCAGUCUUGGUCUCAGUCCCGGGCUGGUCUGGUCCUGGUCUGGUCUUGGCCUCAGUCCUGGUUUGCUCCCGGUCUGGUCCCGGACCUGGUUUAGUCCUGAUUUAGACCUGGUUUAGAUCUGGAUCACAGAGGGAUUACACAGAUAGAAGGAGUCAUGGACCAGGACUAAACCAGGACUAAACCAGGACUAAACCAGAUCUAAACCAGGUUCACACAGACGUAAAGACUCAUGGAAACAGAAAAUAAAGUUUUAUCAUUUAAAGUGUAAAAUCACAGGAAAUCGUCUAAAGAAAGAGUUUUAUUUUCAUCGUGAGAUCAGAAUCGGUAUCGAGUAUCGAGUGUGUGUGUGUUGUGUGUGUGUGUGUGUGUGUGUCUGUUGUGUGUGUGUGUGUGUGUGUGUGUGUGUGUG